AUGAGCGAAGAUGAAAAGAAAAUCCAGGACAUCUACAAGAAGAUUGAGCGCGAGAAAAACAUCAUCAAUGCCGCCCAGGCUAUGCGCUCCCAGACCACCAAUGAGGCCGUCCGUUCUCGACUCGAUACCCAGCUGAGAGACGGCCGACGGAAUCUGCAGUUCUUCGAGGAGAAGCUCCGGGACAUCCAGAUGCGAAAUGUCAACCAGGGCAUGGACAACAUGGCUCUCGGCGCUGGUGCCGACGACAGCGGUCCUCCUCCCCCGCCCAAGGACCCCUCAGCUGCUUGGGACCAAAGUGGUGGUUACGGGACGGCCCAGUACAGUCAAGUUGGCCAACAUGGCGAUUUGAUGCCUCCCCGCCACCCAUAUGCUCCUCAAGAACCUGGAGCUGGCAUGCCGAAAGCUCGGCCAAACUUUACGAAGCUAGAUUUGAUCAAAUAUGAUACGCCCUACCUAGGCCCCCGUAUCCAGCUUAUGCUGUCCCAGAUUCAGUUCAAGCUCAACGUGGAGGAACAAUACCUCAAAGGAGUUGAGAAAAUGGUUCAGCUAUAUGGUAUGGAGGGUGACAGAAGGAGCAAGGCAGUUGCUGCUGCUCGUAGAGUCGAAAGCAAGCAAAAAAUUGUCCUUUUGAAACAGGCUCUCAAGAGAUAUGAGGAAUUGCAUAUCGAUAUGGACUCUUCCGACGGCCAAGAUGAUGACUCGAUCAAUACUCCAAAUCUUCGAAAACCCCUCAGUGGCCAGCUUUCUAUUCGAGUCAUGGGUGUCAAUGACGUCGACCACGCCGCUACCGGCCGUAUGUCCCGUGGACCUGAGACAUUUGUUGCCGUUAAAGUAGAAGAUACUGUCGUGGCUAGAACCAAAACCUCUCGAACCGACCGAUGGGAUGCAGAGUUCCAUACCAUUGAUGUCGACAAAGCCAAUGAAAUCGAGCUGACGGUUUACGACAAGCCUAGCGAGCACCCAAUGCCCAUCGGCUUGCUAUGGAUUCGCAUCUCUGACAUCGUAGAAGAGAUGCGCAGAAAGAGGAUCGAGGCCGAAAUGAACAGCUCCGGUUGGGUGUCAGCCGACCAGAUGGCCACACCUUCCUCUCCUCCGGGUCAGUUUCCAAUGAGCCCGACACAGACCGGGUUUGGUGGCCAAGGCCAUGGAGGCGAUUCCGGCACGGGAUUCAGCGGCGGGCCACCACCUCAUGUACCACAACCGCAGAUCAAUACUGGCCCCAUCGAUGCUUGGUUUAACUUGGAGCCAACUGGACAAGUUCAGCUUCAGAUGAGUUUUAUCAAGCAGAAUAAGGACCGACGACCCGUAGAUCUCGGACUGGGCAGAAAAGGCGCUGUUCGACAGCGCAAGGAAGAAGUGCAUGAGAUGUACGGCCACAAAUUCGUCCAGCAUCAAUUCUACAACAUCAUGCGCUGCGCUCUCUGCGGCGACUUUCUCAAAUACUCCGCUGGCAUGCAAUGCGAGGAUUGUAAAUAUACUUGUCAUACCAAGUGUUAUGACAAGGUCGUCACCAAGUGUAUCAGCAAGAGCAAUGCUGAGACCGACCCAGACGAAGAGAAGAUCAACCAUCGCAUUCCUCACAGAUUCCAGCCUUUCUCCAACGUGACGGCGAACUGGUGUUGCCACUGUGGUUACAUUUUGCCUUUUGGCAAGAAAAAUUGCAGAAAGUGUUCAGAAUGUGGCCUUACAUGCCACGCCCAUUGUUCUCACCUGGUUCCAGAUUUCUGCGGCAUGUCCAUGGCGGUAGCGAAUCAAAUCUUGGAGGGCAUUCGCACCCAGAAACGGCAGACAAAGGCGUCGUCUAUGUCGGAGAGGACGUUGCGUUCCAGUUCUAGCAAACCCAGCUCUGUCUCUUCCCCGGCACCGUCUUACACCACCGAUGCAUCCAAGCCUUACACUGCGCCGUCUACGGCGGCCACUGAAGCGGCGAAAUUGAUGUACGCUCAGCCCUCGUCGCCGACCCAGCAAAGACCUCCCGGACCUGAUCGUCUUCCAUCCAGUCAGGCAGCGAAGGCGGCCCAGGCUGCCUUGGGAGGUACUACAGCCACGCAGGGACAACAACAUCCGCAACGGCCGUCUGACUACGGUCGAUAUGGAGGAUAUGAUCAACAGCAAUCGGAGGACCCCUAUGCUCAACAAUAUGGCACUCAGCCUCAGCAACCCCAGCAACCUCAGCAGCGGCCAUACAACCCUGCCGACUAUGUCGGGUAUGCCGCGCAACCCAGCACUCAGGCAAGACCUCCAGUUCAGCAACAGCCACCAGUGCAACAGCAGCAGCAACCAGCGCCGCCACCACAACAACAACAAAGCUAUACCGUCGCCGCUCCCGUCUCGAAGCCGGAAACUGUGGUGGCACAGCGACCUCAAUCAGGCGGUGUUGCUGGCCAACCAAAGCAAUUGCCCCUUGCUACAGAUCCAGGCACUGGUCAGCGAAUUGGUCUCGACCACUUCAACUUCCUUGCAGUUUUGGGUAAAGGUAAUUUUGGCAAGGUAAUGUUGGCAGAAACAAAGCGAUCGCGACGACUGUAUGCCAUCAAGGUCCUCAAAAAGGAAUUCAUCAUCGAAAACGAUGAAGUCGAGAGUAUUCGAUCUGAGAAGCGCGUCUUCCUAAUUGCCAACAAGGAAAGACACCCCUUCCUGACCAAUCUACACGCCUGCUUUCAAACAGAGACUCGAGUGUAUUUCGUCAUGGAAUACGUCAGUGGUGGUGAUUUGAUGCUUCACAUUCAGCGAGGACAGUUUGGAACUAAGCGUGCUCAAUUCUACGCCGCCGAGGUGUGCCUGGCGCUGAAGUAUUUCCAUGAAAACGGUGUCAUUUACCGUGAUCUCAAGCUGGACAACAUUAUGUUGACUCUUGAUGGUCACAUCAAGGUCGCCGAUUAUGGUCUUUGCAAGGAGGACAUGUGGUACGGCAAGAACACCAGCACCUUCUGCGGUACCCCCGAAUUCAUGGCUCCCGAGAUUCUCUUGGACAAAAAGUAUGGCCGAGCAGUUGAUUGGUGGGCCUUUGGUGUUCUCAUCUACCAAAUGCUUUUGCAGCAGUCUCCGUUCCGAGGUGAGGACGAGGACGAGAUUUAUGAUGCCAUUCUCGCCGAUGAGCCCCUGUAUCCAAUUCAUAUGCCCAGAGACUCGGUUUCUAUAUUGCAGAAGCUGCUCACCAGAGAGCCUGAACAAAGACUUGGAAGCGGACCCACAGAUGCCCAGGAAGUCAUGAGCCAGCCAUUCUUCCGAAAUAUCAACUGGGACGACAUUUAUCACAAGAGAGUUGCGCCUCCCUUCAAGCCAACUAUCAAGAGUCCGACGGAUACCAGCAACUUUGAUUCUGAAUUCACUAGUGUUACCCCCGUUCUUACGCCUGUGCAGUCUGUACUUUCCCAAGCCAUGCAAGAAGAGUUCCGCGGGUUCUCGUAUACUGCGGACUUUGAAUGA